AUGGGAAGCCUUGAAACAUUCCGUGCUAAUAAGACUGCAAUCUGCACAACUUCUUUGAGGCCAUGCACUAAGAACAACAGGAAGCGUGAUGCGCAGUGGAUGAUGAUAUCAUAUCAGGAAGCUCGCGAAGCUGAUGCAGACUUGCAAUCUUUGGACAACGCCCUCAAAACCCGCACCACAGCAGUCAUCAACGCCCUUGCAGACGAUGGCCUUUCAACUCGUUUUCUGAAACAAGUCACAGAUUAUGUGCGCUAUCUGAGCCAGGAGAGCUCGGGAGCAGUCUUGGGACGACGCAAUACGUUUGGGAGCAUGAAUCUUAACAGUAGCAAUGAGGAAAGCUUCAAGCUUCUCGUGGACGAGUACAUGAACAACAGUUUGCAAAUGCUCAAUUUCUGUUCUGAAUUAGAUAGAUUCCUAAAGCAAGCUCGUAACACGCAUUCGUAUAUUGAAUAUGUAACUCGAGAGUGCUUUGAGAAGGAGACUGCAAUGGGGACAAGCCAGUACAAGAUGAUUUCAAAGAGGUUGAAGAAUCUCAGAGCCUCUGAGGAUGUCUCUGGCCAGUAUUCUUCUGCUGGGAGGCUGCUUGAAAAGGUUGUGUGUCUGCGCAGGCAGCAGGAACAGAUGCUUGAAAAGUUGAAAGUUCAAAACGAGAAGCUUGGGAAGAAGGAGAGCCGUGCUCGCUCUUGGCGCAAGCUCACGAUGAUGCUGUUCAUCAUGGCCGUAGUUGGUUUGCUUAUUUCCAUUAUUGUGACGGCGGCUUUGGCUAUUCCAUCUGUUGCGCCAGCUCUUGGAGCUGCUAUCGUCCCGAUGCUAGCAGGCGGAGAUUGGAUCACCAAUUGGUUUGGUAAAUAUGAAACUGCCUUUAAGGAUCAACAGGAGGAAAAUGUGGCCAUGCAAGCCGGAGCUAGGGUUUCCAUUAAGGAGUUGGGGGACAUAAAGUUUCUGAUUGAUAGGGUUGUGAAUGAGAUUGAUUCACUCUCGUUUGCUCCAAACUCCACAAUUGAGGAACAAAUAGAUUUUACAAUGAAGGAUAUUAAGCUUAAGCUGGAAACGUUUAUGAGGGAAAUUGAGACUUUGCAGGAGGAAGCGAACAAAUGCACCUCUGAAAUACGUAAGGCAAGGGAUAAGGUGGUGAACAACAUCAAGUUUCUCAACAAAAAAUAA